CGGUGUGGGUGUAUCGCGGCGCGGAGCCGUGUCGGUGUCGCGGCGAUGGACACGCUGGGCAGGAAAGUGGUGGUGUGCGACAACGGCACCGGGUUUGUGAAAUGUGGCUAUGCAGGCUCGAAUUUUCCAGAGCACAUUUUUCCAGCUUUGGUUGGAAGGCCCAUUAUAAGAUCAACUGCUAAAGUAGGAAACAUUGAAAUCAAGAAUAACAAAAUGAUGGAUCUGAUGGUUGGUGAUGAAGCCAGUGAAUUACGAUCAAUGCUGGAAGUGAAUUAUCCGAUGGAGAAUGGCAUAGUUCGAAACUGGGAUGAUAUGAAGCACCUUUGGGAUUACACGUUUGGACCAGAAAAACUUAAUAUUGACACAAAAAAUUGUAAAAUACUACUCACAGAGCCUCCCAUGAAUCCGACUAAAAAUAGGGAGAAGAUUGUGGAGGUUAUGUUUGAGACGUACCAGUUUUCUGGGGUGUAUGUAGCCAUCCAGGCUGUUCUUACUCUGUAUGCUCAAGGUUUGUUGACUGGUGUUGUUGUGGACUCUGGAGAUGGUGUGACUCACAUUUGCCCAGUUUAUGAAGGCUUCUCCCUCCCUCACCUCACGAGACGGUUAGAUAUUGCUGGGAGGGACAUCACUAGGUACCUCAUUAAGCUCCUCUUGCUGCGAGGUUAUGCUUUCAACCAUUCUGCUGAUUUUGAGACGGUUCGCAUGAUCAAGGAGAAGCUGUGUUAUGUGGGAUACAACAUUGAACAGGAGCAGAAGCUGGCACUAGAGACCACAGUUCUAGUUGAAUCCUACACGCUCCCAGAUGGCAGGAUUAUCAAAGUUGGUGGAGAACGGUUUGAGGCACCAGAGGCUCUCUUCCAGCCUCACUUAAUCAAUGUUGAAGGGGUUGGUGUGGCUGAAUUGCUGUUCAACACCAUCCAGGCUGCUGACAUUGAUACCAGGUCUGAAUUCUACAAGCACAUUGUGCUGUCUGGAGGGUCUACCAUGUACCCUGGGCUGCCUUCACGGCUGGAGCGGGAGCUGAAACAGCUCUACCUGGAACGAGUUCUGAAAGGAGAUGUGGAAAAACUCUCGAAAUUUAAGAUCCGAAUCGAAGAUCCCCCUCGUCGAAAGCACAUGGUGUUUCUGGGGGGUGCUGUUCUAGCAGACAUCAUGAAAGACAAAGACAACUUCUGGAUGACCCGACAAGAGUACCAAGAAAAGGGAGUGCGUGUGCUGGAGAAGCUUGGUGUGACUGUUCGAUAAAUCCCAAAGCUUGUUCCCAUCACGUGUCUAAAGCUUUUUUCUUUCAUUGCCAAUCUCUGAACUCACUCAGCUACAUGCUAUGGAAGGGCCUGUCUGUGGCCUUUUGACCCAAACGUCAGGUUUUGUUCUGGUUUCUUGGGGUAGCUUUUGUUAAAUGUUUCUUAAUGUGGCUAAAUUUGACUAUUAAAUUUGACCACUUCCCUGCAAACAAAACGGAGCAAGAGCAGCCUGUCUACUUCAUUGUUCCCUCCCAGUAGGCAGUUGGGUAAUUCUGGUAGGCUUUUUCUUCUGGGUUUAUUGCUGUAGUCCUGCUAGCUUUUGUCUCUAGUUCACAAGGGGUUGUGUGCCUUUUUUAGCAUAAGAAAACCUUUAAACAAGAGUUUUUGCUAUUGGAUCAUUGUGGUGGUUAUCUUUGCAUCUUCAUGCCUCUCUCUACACAUUGUUUUUUUUUUUUUCUUUUUUUUCUUUCCUGCAAUUAGGAAUUUUGAUUAAACAUUGUUAAAAACUA